GACAUAAACGUCCUUGAUUGACAUUGUGUGAACAGCUGAGAAGUUUUUUAAAUCACGAACUGCGAAUUUGACCCUCGAACUCAGUUAUCAGAGAAAUAACAACGAGAGAACAUUCAGUACAACACCAAAUAAUAUAUAGAGUCCUCUUCGAUUCAGAAAAAAUGGCUAGUGUUGUUACAGUAAGUACUAAGCCAUAUGAAGGGCAAAAGCCGGGUACCAGUGGUCUACGCAAAAAAGUUAAAGUUUUCUUACAAGAAAACUACACUGAAAACUUCAUUCAGAGUAUUUUGGAUGCAAACAAGGAUUCGAUAGUUGGUUCAACGCUUGUUGUAGGCGGUGAUGGAAGAUACCUCGUCAAAGAAGUUGUUGAUAAGAUCAUAAAGAUCGCUGCUGGCAAUGGAGUUGCGAAACUUCUCGUUGGGCAAAAUGGAAUCUUGUCAACUCCAGCAGUCUCUCAUUUAAUCAGAAAGUACAAAACUUUGGGUGGUAUUGUUCUGACAGCGUCCCACAACCCUGGUGGCAUUAACAACGACUUCGGUAUCAAAUUCAACUGUAGCAACGGAGGUCCUGCACCAGACAACACAACUAACGAAAUAUACAAACUCAGUACAGCCAUCUCGGAGUACAAAAUUGUACCUGAUAUUCAGUGCAGUGUGGAAAAGAUUGGUGUGCAGAAGUUUAAGGUCGGCGACCGAGACUUCGUAGUCGAAGUGAUCGACUCUGUUAAGGAUUAUGUAGACUACAUGAAGGAAAUAUUCGACUUCCCCAAAAUAAAGUCGCUGUUACAGGGCGGGGAAAAAAAUAAACCAUUUAAUGUCCUUAUUGAUUCUAUGAAUGGAGUAACCGGUCCAUAUGUAAAGGCGAUAUUCAUAGACGAAUUGGGAGCGUCAGAGGAGAAUGUAAGAAGGAUAGUUCCUCUCGAGGAUUUUGGAGGCGCCCACCCGGACCCUAACCUCACUUACGCUGCGGACCUGGUUAAUGCUGUUAAAAACGGAGAUUAUGAUUUUGGUGCCGCAUUCGAUGGCGAUGGUGACCGCAACAUGAUAAUCGGCCGAGACGCCUUCUUCGUAACUCCCUCGGACUCCCUCGCAGUGCUGGCGAACCAUCUCCAGCACAUUCCCUAUUUCCAGAAGACAGGUGUGAAGGGGUUCGCCAGGAGUAUGCCAACUGCUGCUGCUGUGGACCGCGUGGCAGCUGCCGCUGGCAAGGAGAUGUUCCAGGUGCCCACUGGUUGGAAAUACUUCGGCAACCUGAUGGACGCUGGCCGUCUCUCUCUCUGCGGCGAGGAGAGUUUCGGCACCGGCUCGGAUCACGUGCGCGAGAAGGACGGCCUCUGGGCGGCACUGGCUUGGCUCUCCGUGCUCGCUGCAACACAACUCUCCGUGCAGGAGAUACUCUCGCAGCACUGGAAACAGUUCGGCAGGAAUUACUUCACUAGAUACGACUACGAGGAGUGUCCGAGUGACCCCUGCAACGAGAUGAUGCAAGAGUUGGAGAAGAAGAUGGGCUCCAGCGGCUUCGUGGGCUCCUCCCACUCGAGUGGGGGGAAGACUUAUGUGGUGGCUGUUGCUGAUAACUUCUCCUACAUUGACCCCGUGGACCAGAGCGUGGCUAUGAAGCAGGGUCUCCGCAUAGUGUUCGAGGAUGGAUCCCGCAUUGUACUGCGCCUGAGUGGCACCGGCAGUUCGGGGGCUACUGUGCGAUUAUACAUAGAUUCGUACGAGGCUAGUGACGUUCUCGGUUCGGCGCAGGAAAAGUUGGCGCCACUUAUCGAUGUCGCUCUGCAAAUUUCGCAAUUACAGAAAUACACCGGCCGUGACCAACCCACUGUUAUCACAUAAAUUGAAUAAUGUUCAUCUAAA